GUUCCAUCAGGUUGGAGUGCAAAGAUUUUCUUUUCACAUUCGCACGGCCGCAGAUUUCCCACGUUACAUAAAAUUCACAAGACUUUUUCAACUAAUUUCCGCAUUCGAUUCGGCUGCUUUAGCUGGUUUUAAGCUGGACAUCGAGAUUCGAGUGAGCAGGAUGUGCAAGUAUCCGAGAUUCGCAUGAUUAAAGUGCUCCAUUCGCACAAGGGCGCCAAGAAGUCGAUAUCAUCACCCAAAUCUGAGACAAAAUUCAGUUUUAUUUUCUAGAUUGUUAAACUAAAUGUGACCACUGUAGAGAUAUUCGAGAACCAUUUGCGGAAGCUGGAGGCCAACGAAAUUGUUACAGCAAAUUUUGACCAUAGGCAAAAUCGAUAAACUUCAGCCCAUUCGAGCCAAGCGUCGCACGCCUUCUUGACACCACCGCGGCCGCCGCCAUCCGACAACCACCCCCACCACCACCACCAGCACCAGCACCACCAACAUAAGUCAUCCCACCAUCAUCAGGGCCGUAUAUAGCAUCCAGCAUCCAACAUGUCAUUCAUAGCCAAAUUGAAAGCCACGCCAUUGCCGCCCCUGAAAAACAUACUGAACGUGGCCGGGCAAACGGCCCGACAGCAAAUUCCACAGCGCAAGGACUACGAGCAACCGCCGGGCGGCACGCAGCAGCACCACAACCAGCAGGCCCAACAGAAGUCCAUGGAGGCGGGCAUGGACGGCGGCGACCAGACCACCGAGAUGAGCUCGAAUCCCUUCCGGAAUGCCGGAAGCUGGGCGAACGAGGCCGAGGGCGAUGGCGAUGGCAAUGGCGGUGAGUACAGGAACGAGUACCAGAGCACAUCCUUCAAUGAGUACGACGGCAGGUAUCAGCAGACGGAUGGCUUUAGGCAAGGCAGCAUCGCCUCGGAGGGCAGCUCGUUUGUCUGCGAGGGAGAGGGUGGCGGCGGCUGCAAGAUCGACGAGUUCCAGGCGGGCUGGAACGUGACAAACGCCAUCCAGGGCAUGUUCAUCGUAUCCCUGCCCUUCGCCGUACUCCAUGGCGGCUACUGGGCCAUCGUGGCCAUGGUGGGCAUAGCGCACAUCUGCUGCUACACGGGCAAGGUUCUGGUGCAGUGUCUAUAUGAACCGGAUCCGGCAACGGGCCAAAUGGUGAGAGUGCGCGACAGCUACGUGGCCAUUGCCAAGGUAUGUUUCGGACCCAAGUUGGGCGCCCGGGCCGUCAGCAUUGCCCAGCUCAUCGAGCUCCUGAUGACCUGCAUCCUGUACGUGGUGGUGUGCGGCGACCUAUUGGCCGGAACGUAUCCGCAGGGCUCGUUCGACUCGCGAUCCUGGAUGCUGUUCGUGGGCAUCUUUCUGCUGCCCAUGGGCUUCCUGAAGUCACUGAAAAUGGUAUCGACCCUGUCGUUCUGGUGCACAAUGUCGCACAUCGUGAUAAACGCCGUAAUCCUCGGCUAUUGCCUGCUGCAGAUCGGCGACUGGGGCUGGUCCAAGGUCCGCUUCAGCAUCGACAUGGAGAACUUUCCCAUCUCGCUGGGUGUGAUCGUCUUCUCGUACACCUCGCAGAUCUUUCUGCCCACUCUCGAGGGCAACAUGAUCGACCGCUCCAAGUUUAACUGGAUGCUGGACUGGUCUCACAUCGCCGCUGCUGUGUUUAAGGCCGGAUUCGGGUACAUCUGCUUUCUGACCUUCCAGAACGACACACAGCAGGUGAUCACCAACAAUCUGCACUCGCAGGGUUUUAAGGGCAUGGUGAACUUCUUCCUGGUCAUCAAGGCCCUUCUUAGCUAUCCCUUGCCCUACUACGCUGCCUGCGAGCUGCUCGAGCGCAACUUCUUUAGAGGUCCGCCAAAGACCAAAUUUCCAACCAUCUGGAAUCUGGACGGGGAACUGAAGGUUUGGGGCCUGGGCUUCCGCGUCGGCGUCAUCGUGUCCACCAUACUAAUGGCCAUCUUCAUUCCCCACUUUUCCAUUCUGAUGGGUUUCAUUGGCAGCUUCACUGGCACUAUGCUAAGCUUUAUCUGGCCGUGCUAUUUCCACAUCAAGAUCAAGGGGCACCUGCUCGAUCAGAAGGAAAUAGCCAAAGACUACCUCAUCAUCGGGCUCGGCGUGCUCUUUGGCGUUAUCGGUAUCUACGAUUCGGGAAAUGCCCUGAUAAAUGCAUUUGAAAUCGGUCUUCCGUUUUAAGUUAAAUGUAACUUAUCCAAUCGGGAGAUCUAUCUUCAUAGUUUAUGGUUCUUUGCACUUUUGGGCAUGGCAAGUCUUCCAGAUGCUAUGUCAUCAUUUGGCUAUGCCCAAAAUUCCGAAGAUCUAGUUGAAUAAAUACCAUACACUCGAAACGAAAUUAAAAACAAUAAUAUUAGUCUUUAAGAAACGAAACGCAAGUCUUCCAAACAAGCGAACAAAUGUCUUCCAAACAAAAAUAAUAAUAAUUUAUGUUAUAUACAAGAUAGAAGUUAAGUAAAUCGAUGAAUAUAUAAAUAUACAUAUGUACGAAUAUAAAAAGAGAAAUAUUUAUUGUGUUAAUAUGCAUUAUAAGAUAUAGACAAAUUGAACAGAGAAAAACAAUAAACUGCAUAUGUACACCAUUAUACAAAUAAAAAACAAAAUGUACGAGUA